CCGCUGGAAAGGAGGCUGAAAUGACGGAUGCAGCCAUGGAAGAGAGACCCGGGGAUAGUUUAUUUACAUCCGAAGAGGCUGUCCAAGUUUAAGGGGGAGCCGCUGCGUGCGUUUUCCCCUCUUUACUUUCACCGACCCCCUCCUCCGCUGGCAGAAAUUUAUAAAGAACAAAAAAUCCAACGAGGGAGGGAGGAGGGGGGUUGAUUAUACGCCGAGGCUGAAAUCGAGAGGCGAACCCAGGGAAAGAGGAGUAAUUUGUACACGGGACUUUCCCCCUCUUAAUCCCCCAAAAGGAGGGGGAAAAGUCGCAAUAUUGGACACGGAAAGGAAUUAGCUCCUGACGGCGUGAAAUCGUCUGCAAUUGUGGAUACUUUAUAUAUUUUUAUUACGAAAAAAAUAUGGCCGAGAACGUUCUGGACUCUGGCCCGCCUUCAGCCAAGAGGCCUAAACUCUCCUCUCCGGCACUUUCCGCCUCUGCUAGCGAUGGAAACGAUUUUGGCUCACUGUUUGACUUGGAGCAUGACCUUCCAGAUGAGCUCAUCAGCACUAAUGAACCGGGCCUUGUCAAUGGGGGUGAUCUCAACCAGUUGCACACCACCCUGGGGGGAGGCCCUGGAGGUCUCUGUCCUGGAGGAGGCAGUGGAGGCCCAGGAGGAGGGAUGGGAUAUGGACUUGGUCCAGGAGGAGGUGCUGGGGGCAUCGGCGGAGGCCAGGAUGCGGUGGCCAAGCAUAAACAGCUGUCGGAGCUGUUGCGUUCAGGGGCACCCACAUCCACCCCACAGGGACACCAAGGGGCCAUGGGGAGCCCAGGAGGCCCUUCUGCCAUUGGACAACACAUUGCAAACAUGAAGGCAUGCCCUGGCCAGGUACCUCAGCAGAUAAUGGGACAAGGACAACAACAUCUUUCCUCCCAGCAGCAGGCAAACAUGAUGCAGCAGAAUGCUGUCGCUGGAAUGAUGGGUGGCAUGAACAGGGCCAUGAUGGCUGCACAGCAGAAAGGAAAUAACGGACAGUCGCAACCAGGUAUGAUGGGGAACCAGGUGAUGAAUGGUUCUCCAAGGAUGGGCUUCGGUAAUCAGGGGAUAGGCAGCAACAGCAACCUGUUGGCUGAAACGUUACAGCAACAGGGAGGUGGGGGCCAGGCAAGCAUCAGAGGCCAACAACCUGGUGCACUGAACAAGAUGGCAAUGAUGGGCAACCAGGGGGUCCCCUUUGGAGGUCCAUAUCCAGGGCAGGGGAAUCAAGGCCUUGGUGGUGCAGGGAUAGGCCCUCCACAUCAGAACAAAGGUCCUAUGGCCAACAGCCUGGCUCAGUUUAAUGUGGACAAGAAAAGUCAACCCAUGCAAGCAAUUGCCACAAUGGGAACACAGCAGUCCCAGUCAGGUGUUAGCGGGCCCUCGAGUGCACCUGUCGGAGGGGCACCUGGCAUGGUUCCUGGUGCUCAGGGAGGUCUGGUGGGUCCUGGCACCCAGAUCUCGACAUCCUCUGCCGCGGCCGGAGCACCGCCCACUGCUGAUCCCGAGAAGCGCAAACUGAUCCAGCAGCAACUCGUUCUCCUGCUUCACGCCCACAAAUGUCAGCGGCGCGAGCAGGCCAACGGGGAGGUUCGACAGUGCAACCUGCCUCAUUGCCGCACCAUGAAGAACGUCCUCAAUCACAUGACUCAUUGCCAGGCUGGCAAGAAUUGUCAGGUUGCUCACUGUGCAUCAUCAAGGCAAAUCAUCUCCCACUGGAAGAACUGCACUCGACAUGACUGUCCAGUCUGCCUGCCACUGAAGAAUGCUGGGGACAAGAGGAACCCGCAGUGUGAGUCGCUUCUGGGUGCAGCUGCUGCAAGUCUUGGCAGUUCUCUUGGGUCAGUCCCUGGAAGCCAACCAAGUGCUCCGAAUCUCAAUCCGCCGAGCCAGAUUGACCCCAGUUCGAUAGAAAGAGCCUAUGCAGCAUUGGGUCUCACCUACCAGGGAAACCAGAUUCAGGGUCAGCCUUCUCAGCCCAACAUGUCCAACCAGGCCCUCCAAGGCCAGGCUGGUAUGAGGCCUAUGAACCCAAUGGGAGCAAAUUCCAUGGGAGUUAAUGGAGGCUUGGGUGCUCCUUCUCAGACUCAACAAGCCAGCUUACUGCAGGACACUAUGAUGCACCUCAAUGUGAAUAGCCAGGGUCUGAUGAAUGAUGUCAGUGGGGUCGGCUCCAUGCCCACAGCAGGCCCUCCCUCUGCCACAGGAAUGAGAAAAAGCUGGCAUGAGGACAUCACGCAGGACCUGCGAAACCACUUAGUACAUAAGCUUGUUCAGGCCAUCUUUCCAACUCCAGAUCCUGCAGCUUUAAAAGACCGCCGGAUGGAGAACUUGGUAGCUUAUGCCAGAAAAGUUGAAGGAGACAUGUACGAGUCAGCAAACAAUAGAGCUGAGUACUAUCACUUGCUAGCUGAGAAGAUCUAUAAAAUCCAGAAAGAGCUGGAGGAGAAGAGGAGGACCCGUCUCCAGAAGCAGGGUCUGGGUCUUGGCCCUGCUGGCAUGGGUCAGUCUCCUGCUGGACUGCCUCCAAAUGGUCCCCUCCCUGACCCAUCUAUGGUACGACCCACUGGACCCAAUCAGAUGGUCAACAGGAUGCAAAGCCCAGGCAUGAAUCAAUUCAAUCAGAUGGGGAUGCAGUCUAUGGGCCAGAGGUCUACUCCUCCUCUCCCCUUGGGAACAUCUGGCAAUCAGAUGGGAAUCGUUGGACCUAGGAUGGGUCAGCCUAAUGUCAACCAGCUACAAAACCAGUAUCUGCCCCAGGGACAGUUUCCUGGCUCGGGACCUGGGGUCGGAACAACUUCUGGAAUGAACCAGCCUGGACCCCAGGGAGGCAUGACACAAACGCAGAUGGGGACUCCUCCUUCUCUCCCAGUUGCUAGUCCUUUAGCACAAUCAGGUUCUGCAAGCGGUUCCAGUGGAGUUUCCACAGUGGGACCUAUGGGUCCUCAGAGUGUCAGUGGUGGAGGCUCCAACUCGACUAUUGGAGCGCCUGCUUCUUCGAUGACUCCGAAUGCAAACCAGCAACCCAACUCUAUCCACCAUUUGGGAGCCAUGCGUUGCAGCUCGCCCUCCCCGGCUCACAGUCGCUCACCUACACCUCACCAGACACCCCCCAGACUUACUGGGUCUCAGACCCCUCAGCCGCACACCCCUAGCGCACCGCAGUUGGGACCACCCCAAGCCCCCCAGCAGAACCAGCUAGGCCAGGGUCCUGGCUCCAACAAGCCCCUCCAGCAGCCUCACAUUGGGGCUGGCUCCACUACGCCAUCUCACCCUGGGCUUGCCUCAAGCUCAACACCACAUUGUGGUCAGCUGCCACGCACUCCGUUGUCCCAAAAGGGGUCAUUCCAAGCAGACAGUCAAGCCUUGACUCCAGCCUCUGUCAACAGCAUGGAUACUUCCUCCCAUCAGGUACAGACAGAUACCACGGCCACCAUCCAUAACCUUAAGUCAGAAGUCAAGCAGCAGGAUGACGCAGAGGAGAGCGACACCGGCAGCGGCUCCAAAGGGGGGAAGCUCGGCAGCGUCAAAACGGAGGAAAAUCCUGUGGAAAUUUAUGUUAAAAAGGAGGCGUGUUCUGCAGAAGGAGGCAAGGUAGUUCCAAUGGAUACGUUGACCAGCCCGCCAACGUCAGUUAUAAAAACUGAAGACAAGAAACCAGAGGUGAAAAAGGAAUUGAAAGAAGAACAACAAUCAUCUGAUGCAGCUGUAUCACAAGCUCCAGCAAAGAAGAAGAUUUUCAAGCCAGAAGAACUUCGCCAGGCCCUUAUGCCAACACUGGAGUCCCUCUACAGGCAAGAACCGGAGUCGCUGCCCUUCAGGAUGCCUGUAGAUCCACAGUUGCUGUGCAUACCUGACUACUUUGACAUUGUGAAAAACCCCAUGGAUUUGUCCACUAUCAAGCGGAAGCUGGACACUGGUCAAUAUCAGGAUCCCUGGCAGUAUGUGGAUGACAUCUGGUUGAUGUUCAACAAUGCCUGGCUGUACAACCGCAAAACAUCUCGAGUCUACAAAUGCUGUUCCAAACUGGCGGAGGUCUUCGAACAGGAGAUUGACCCUGUCAUGCAGAGACUUGGCUAUUGUUGUGGAAGAAAGCUGGAGUUCUCCCCUCAGACACUGUGCUGCUACGGAAAGCAGCUGUGCACUAUUCCCCGAGACGCUGCUUACUUCAGCUACCAGAACAGGUACCACUUCUGUGAGAAGUGUUUCAACGAGAUCCAGGGAGAGUCCGUGUCCCUGGGUGAUGACCCCACUCAGCCACAGACAUCCAUUAACAAAGAGCAGUUUGAGAAGAAGAAGAACGACACACUGGACCCUGAACUGCUUGUUGAAUGUUUGGAGUGUGGACGCAAGAUGCACCAAAUUUGUGUCUUACACAAUGACACAAUCUGGCCAUUGGGUUUCAUAUGUGAUGGCUGCCUAAAGAAGUCUAAUAAGACAAGAAGGGAGAACAAGUAUUCUGCUAAAAGGUUGCCUCAGACAAAGUUAGGCUGUUUCCUGGAGACCAGGGUGAACGACUUCCUGAAACGACAGAGCCACCCGGAGGCUGGAGAGGUCUUCAUCCGCAUGGUGCACGUCUCGGACAAAGUUGUGGAAGUUAAACCCGGCAUGAAGUCCAGAUUUGUGGAUAGUGGAGAGAUGUCGGAGUCUUUCCCAUACAGGACAAAAGCCCUUUUUGCAUUUGAAGAUAUUGAUGGCGCAGAUGUCUGCUUCUUUGGAAUGCACGUUCAAGAGUACGGAUCAGACUGCCCUCAGCCUAAUCAGAGACGAGUUUACAUCUCCUACCUGGACAGUGUGCAUUUUUUCCGGCCACGAUGUCUGCGAACGGCUGUUUACCAUGAAAUUCUCAUAGGCUACUUGGAAUAUGCCAAGAAGCUGGGCUACACAACUGGGCACAUCUGGGCCUGUCCGCCCAGUGAAGGGGAUGACUACAUCUUCCACUGUCACCCUGCUGAUCAGAAGAUUCCGAAGCCAAAACGCCUCCAGGAGUGGUACAAAAAGAUGUUGGACAAAGCUGUGGCUGAGCGAAUAGUGCAUGACUACAAGGACAUCUUCAAGCAGGCGACAGAGGAUCGUUUGACCAGCGCCAACGAGUUGCCUUAUUUUGAAGGGGACUUUUGGCCCAAUGUGUUAGAAGAGAGUAUUAAAGAGCUGGAGCAGGAGGAAGAAGAGCGGAAGAGGGAAGAGAACAGCACCUCUAAUGAGAGUAUUGAUGACGGUAAAGGUGACAGUAAAAAUGCCAAGAAGAAGAACAAUAAGAAGACAAGUAAGAAUAAGAGCAGCCUGAGCCGAGCCAAUAAGAAGAAGCCAGGGAUGCCCAAUGUUUCCAAUGACCUUUCACAGAAACUCUAUGCCACUAUGGAAAAACAUAAAGAGGUAUUCUUUGUGAUCCGCCUGAUCGCAGGCCCAAUGGCCAAUGCACUGCCCCCUAUUGUCGACCCCGACCCUCUGAUGGCCUGCGACCUUAUGGAUGGGCGUGACGCUUUCCUGACGUUGGCCCGGGACAAACACCUCGAGUUCAGCUCGUUGAGGCGGUCUAUGUGGAGCUCCAUGUGCAUGUUGGUCGAGUUGCAUAACCAAAGCCAAGACCGCUUCGUCUACACAUGUAAUCUGUGCAAACACCACGUGGAGACUCGUUUCCACUGUACCGUGUGCGAGGACUACGACCUUUGCAUCACCUGCUACAACACUAAGGGCCACGAGCACAAGAUGGAGAAGUUAGGCCUCGGUUUGGACGACGAGAGCAGCAACCAGACCGGCGCCACCACUCAGAGCCCGGGUGACUCGCGUCGCCUCAGCAUCCAGCGCUGCAUCCAGUCGCUGGUCCACGCCUGCCAGUGUAGAAAUGCCAACUGCUCUCUGCCGUCCUGCCAGAAGAUGAAACGUGUCGUCCAACACACUAAAGGCUGCAAGAGAAAAACCAACGGCGGCUGCCCCAUCUGCAAGCAGCUUAUUGCGCUGUGUUGCUACCACGCCAAGCACUGUCAGGAGAACAAGUGCCCGGUGCCGUUCUGCCUGAACAUCAAGCACAAGCUCUGUCAGCAGCAACUGCAGCACAGGCUUCAGCAGGCCCAGAUGCUGAGGAGGAGGAUGGCCAGCAUGCAGAGAGUCGGGAAACCGGCUCCAGGAGGCGCUCCGGGGGGCAACGGCCUGCCCUCUCCAGGAACCAACAACGGAGCGACUGGUCCCGGUACGCCCACGUCUGUGGGCACGCAGCCCUCCACGCCGCAGACACCCACCCAGGGAAAUAUGCUUGCACUUCCUCAGCAGCAGGGAGUCGGCGUGGGCGCUAUGGGCAAUACUACUGCACAGCAACAGCAGGUUCAGCAGCAAAGUGGCGCCAUACCACCACAACACCAUCUACACCAUCCGUUUCAGUCAAUGGGCGGAGGGGGGGUGAUGAACUCACCCCAGCAGCAGAUGGUGCCUCAGCUCCAGCAACAGCAGCCCCCCAAUGUACAGCAACUGCAGCAGCAGCACGCUGGCGCUUUGCCGCCAUACAAUCCCAGACCGCCGGGAGCCUCUCCUCUCCACCAGUCGCUGGGCAAACCUGGACUCGGCCCGACCACCCCACCUCAGCAGCAACAACCGCCCAACCAGGUUCAAGGGUCCAUCCCCGUACAAGGCCAACAGCAAGGACCCCCUUUGGCAGCUGUAGAGACUGCCCUAAAAAUCCAACGGCUUGCAGAGACCCAGAGGCAGAUGGCUCAGGCCCAGGCUCAGAUCCGAGGUUUAGGACAGGGGAGUAUGAUGCCCCAACAUCCUCACCACCAGAACAACCCGGCCCAGAUGGGCAUGCCUCACAUGGGAGCUCAGGGGAUUCCCCCCCAGGCUCAAGGAAUCGUUGGCAGGACUAUGUUAGACCCUCAGCAGCAGGGGAUACUUGCUGGGAUGCAGCAAGGCGCCUCCCAGUCUCAGUUGCCCCCUCAAGUCCAGCAGCACCUCCAGGUGGGAGGCGGUGGGCAACUUCAACAGGCCAACCAGCAGUGGGGGCCCGGGGGACCGGGGAUGAACCCUCAACAAAGGUCCGCCAUGAUGGGUCACAUGACGGCACAGCAGCAGUCAGCGGUCGCCCAGCAGCAACUCAACCAGCAACAAGCUCAGCCCGGAAACCGCGGUCUAAUGCAGGUGAUGUCGGGAGGGGCAGCAGGGGCUCCCCAAAUAGCCGGCGCUGCAGGGCCGGGAAACCUCCCGCAAGGGGCGCUACAGGAUCUCCUGAGAACGCUGCGCUCCCCGAGUUCGCCCCUCCAACAGCAGCAAGUCCUCAACAUCCUUCGUUCCAACCCCACGCUCAUGGCGGCCUUCAUCAGGCAAAGAGCAGCCAGGUAUCAAGGGGGGCAAGGUAGUCCUGGAGUACAAGGGGGACCUCCGCAAGGACCCGGAGGCGUGAGGUUCCAAGGGGCUGCUGCUGGGCUACCUGGCGUAGGAGUCGGAGGGCCCGGACCCAAUCAGUUGGCCGGCAUGGACGGGCAGCAAAUGAAUGUGAACCAAGCGGGCCAACCGGGAAUGAACAUGGCUCAGGGGGGUGGCACAGGUGGGAACGUGCCCACCAUGGCUCAGCUUCAGCAACUCCAACAGCAGCAGCGUCCAAUGUUGCCCAGCAACCUACAGCAACAGCAAAUGGCAGUCCUGCAGCAACAGCAGGCAGGAAUGCAAACAGGCCAACAAAACAGUAUGUCCAACAUGACUCCUCAUUUCAGAGAACUGUUGUUGCGAAGACAACAACAGCAGCAGCAACAGCAGCAACAACAACAACAGCAGCAGCAGAUGGCAAACCACGGCCAGUUCCAACAAGGACAGCAGAGCUUCAUGCAGCCUGGCCAAGGACAGCCAGGAAUGCCCCCUUCGCAACCCCAGCCCGGGGGAGGCAUGAGGGGACCGGGGCAGCAGCAGCAGCAAGGUGGGCCACAGGGUGGUCCGGGGCAGCAAGGCUACCCAGGCAACGCUUCUCAAGUGGCCGCCGCUCUCCAACAAAGGCUGCAUCAGAUGCAAAUGCACCAACAGCAGCAACAGAAUUCCAUGGGGGGGCCUCAAGGGCAAGACGGCGGGCCGGGCGGCGGCGCACCGGUGGGCGCCCCGCUCCAACCGGGACAAACCCUACCGGGGCACCAACAGCAAGGCGGACCCCCGCUGCCCCAAACCUCCCAAGCAAUUAUUCACCAGAACAUCCACCAGAGGCUCCUUCAGCAGCAGCACCUGAGCGGGGGCUCACCGGCCCAGCACAGCAGUCCCAUGAGUCCCCAGCAGCAGAUGGCCCAGUCCCCGCACCCCCACCUCCAAGGCCAAGCCGGCCUGGGCCCAGCGGGUCCCCUCAGCAAUCAGGUAAGGUCACCACAGCCGUCGCCGCGGCCGCAGUCGCAGCCCCCUCACUCGAGCCCGUCCCCGCGCAUGCAGCCCUCGUCGGCGGCGUCCCAGCCGCAGCCGUCGCCCCACCGCAUUUCCCCCCAGACCCAAACUGGCUCGCCUCACCCGGCCCACAUAGGCCAACAUCACCCCAAUAUGGCGCCACCCCAACCACCACCACAACAGCAGCAGCAGCAGCCAGGUGGUCCUGUAGAUCCUGGACAGUUCAGCUCAGACCAGAACUCCAUCAUUUCACAGCUGAGUGGCAUGGCAGCCAUGCACGCGGGCCAAGGGGGACAGUCGGACAUGUUAGCCCCAAAUAAUAACAAUAAUAACAACAAUCAGGACCUGGCAGCGAACAUUAACCACAAUAGUUUGGACCUCAUGUAGCACGUGUGUGUCUUCAUGGCAAACCGCCAUCAGAGACGAGGGGAGUCUCUAACCUAAGGAUUUUACAAGUUUUAAUAUUUUGAUUUAAAUAUUUUUGUGUAUAAAAAUGAACUGAAACUUCCUAUGGGAGAUAGGCAGCAGAAAGUCCUAGAAGUUGAUAAAUGAAUAAAUUAAAAACAAUGGUAAGUUAUUGCUGUUAAUAUAUAUCUAUUUUUGCCAACUGUGUACAAAAUGGUGGAAGGGCAACGUUUCAGGUUGAAGAUAUUUCUUCUGAAGUCUAUGACACAAUAUUUUUGGGGACUGAGUAUUUUUUGCCUUUUUAUGAAUAUUUGUAAGAUUUUAAAUGUUGUGAAAGAAUUGACAAGCUGAUUCCCCACCACCACCCUGUUUUUUUUAUUUUUCCCCCCUUUUUCUAAAAAUGGUUUGUUUUCCUCCAAGUAUCCGGUCAUGAUUGUAUCUAUUUUGCAGAGGGAUGAGAAAUAUAUUUUGUUUCUGAAUUUCUACUUUGUUUUUCUGUCAGCAGAUUGUGAAACAAGCCUCAACACAUUUUGCUUUUCUCCGGUUUUUACAUUAUCCCAUUACUCACAUAAAAGGACACUGGGGGGUGGUUUUAACAGUUGUGCUAUAAUAAAUCUUAAGCCCUUCCACAUCCUCCAAAGACCUGGUGAAGCCAAUGUAGGGUUUGCGUUUUGGUUGUGAUUAAUUUAAAUUUCUGUACAUAUAUUUUCCAUCCUCUCUUCUGAGCUGUGGGAAGAGAAUUAUUUUUUUCUUCAUUUUUAUUUGGAUGCUGCGGAGGUUUGUGAAACUCGGGCUCCAUCUCCCUCAUCCUGACAACUUGCGCUCAGCCACAAAGUUUAAUUCAUUGUUAGUGCUGUACAAAAUAAAGAAAUUGUGGAUUUAGAUACUGUAUUUUGUAAUGAAUAUGAAAGCUGUGGGGGGAGGGGGGGAAACAACCCCAAUUUGUGUAUAUAGCUUAAAACAUUCAAACCUUCCCCUCUUUAGAUUGGAUAUUUGUUGUGUGUGUAAAAUGAACACACAAGCACUCCCGAGCCGCUGUACAGCAUUGAGAUUUGUCUUUCCUUCAAGGUUCCGUAUAAGGUGUUUGGAGGCCACACGCACCGAUGCGCCUUUUUUCUGUGUAUUGUUUGGAGUGAAGCAGACAGUCACACACAUGAACAAUCCCAUGAGUUGGAUGUGAAAAGCACGCUGUGGGGGGGGGUGAUUUCUAGUUGUGUGACCUAAAGGAUUUCAAAACUGGUUAUUUAGCUUUUUACGAAGACACAACAGUCACAUGAUCACUAUUUUUCAUUCAAAGGUUGCUGGGUAUGGGGAGGGAACCAGGUGGCAAUAUAUCGAGACUUAUUUUAUAAGAAAAAGAUGGGGGGGGGGGGGGGGGACAAAGGAAAAACUGUCUUUUAUAUAUAGAUAUAUUAUUUAAUUUUAUUUUUGGGAAAUAAAACUUGAAGCUACAAGAAUUAUUAGAUACAAUUGUUUUGUUUUGUAUUAAAUAUAUGGUGAUGCAAAACGACACUGCAGACAGUCAUUCAUUUUGCCCUGGGAGUAUAUUAUACCAUCCUCUUUGAAGAAAUGUCUCAUGUACAUGAAUAUUGAUGUAAACAUAGUCACUGUACAAACACAUAGCAACCGAUCAAAAAUGUUUUGUUUAUAUCAUUUCUGCUCCCAAAAAAAGAAGAGACUGGACUUAAAGACUAUUUAAAUAUUUGUUAAGUAUUGAAAUGAAAUCUUUGACCACUUUUUUGUUCUUGUUAAAAACGUUUGGUGCUUGCUGAGAGAAAGCAAAAAUAACUGUUGCUCCAUUUUCAUUAUUUUUUUUUGUUUUGUUAAGUUAUUUUGGUGGUCUGACUGUUUU